GGAUUAAACCUUUCAUUUUAUGAAACUAAAUAUCUUUAGGAAUUUGUAAGAGAAAAAGAAUGGGACCAAAUUUUCAAGUUUUGAUUAUAGUUGGCACCAUAAUAUGUUUUUCCUUCAUUUCGUAUGCUAGGCCUGGAGAAUGGAAAAAUGGGACUGCCACCUUCUACAAACGUCCUUAUGUUCCCUCUGCGUGUAACGGAUAUAAAGAUGAUGGUCAUUUUAUAGCCGGAGCAAGUGAUGAAAUAUGGGAGAAUGGGAGAGCAUGUGGGAAGUAUUACCUUGUAAAGUGUAUUGGUGCCACAAACCUAGCACCACAACCUUGUAAGGUAGACUUCGUUACGAUUAAAAUUGUCGAUUAUUGUCCACCAGGAUGUCGCGGAACCAUCAAUCUUUCCGAAGAUACUUUCUCUAUAAUUGCCCAUCCCACUGCUGGAAGAAUUAAGAUUGAAUAUUAUGAGUUUUAAGGUGAGAAGAUCUACUAAGGGCAAGUUAUGAUGAUAGUGAAAAUACAUGUACAUCAGGAAAAACUUGUUCAUAAAAGUUGCCAAUUUGAUGAAACAAUAUAUAUGUGAUACGUAUUGAUUGGUGGAAUAAAG